CCAAAAGGUUGCCGUGUUUGGAUGACUUUAUCAUCUUGGCAGUUGAAAGAUCAUAUGACAUUUUCUCUCGCAGGCUUUGCUUUGUUCACAGACCACUCACGGUCAACUGUGUCCAUUUCCCCUACCUACAACCAGCCUCUUGAAUCUACCUCUACUUCACAGCCCCAGGGGUAAGAUCAUAAGUCGAUUCCCCAUCGACAAGAGGUUUUCUUGGCUGAACUUGGAAAGUCUGGCAUCAGACCAUAGAGGUACGAUACUACUAAUCACGAGCGAGGAGCAACGCCCGUGACAUCGCCAUCGCCCCUCCCCCUCCCUGUGUUCUCCGUGCUUCUCCGGUUCCCAACCACCAACAUCCAGCUGAUCCGGGUGGCCGGCACCGAACCGGUUGAAGUUCGAAUGACUAUUAGUGUGUCAGUCUAACCUUCAGUAUUGUCCAUUGCAUCGGUCUAAAACGCUUUUCGACUUUGCCUCUUCAUCAGCCAGAAACGAGAUACACAUUGAUCCCAUCAACAUGUCCAAGUCACCUCAUGUUUCCCCCGACGUUAGGUCGUCCCCACCAGACCUCCUCCCCCCACCCUCCUACACCGAAGCCAUCACGUCCCCCUCCGGCCCCUCUGGCCCCUCCCGAUACGACACAACCUCCGUGCCGAUUCCCACUCGGACAGGCGAAUCCCCCCUAACCACUCACCUUCGCACCAUUCCUUCUCGCCUCCGCUCCGCCCAACACUCGCACUCGACGGCUCAGUCCUCUCGCGACGCUUUUCUCGUAGCACAAUGCGUACCGUAUAUCGAGUGGUUUAUCGAAGACGUUGUAAACAUGCCCAAGACGCCCAAGGUGGCCGAGUUGGUGCUGGUGCCGACGGAGGGGUUACCUGGGGUGGAGUCUUCGGAAGGAGCGACCUCUACGGGGAAAGAGCUGGCUAGGAAGAGGGCGGAGAGGGAUGAUAAGGGGUGGGAGUUGGUCGGGGCGAAGGAGCGAAGGGAGGAGGGGGAGGUGGUGAAGGUUGUUUGUGUGUCUGCGGCUCCUGACCAGGGAAGGCAAGUGACGGACGAAAAGGGGAGGACGGUGGACCGGAAGCGCGCGGGGGAGGAUUCAGGCUCAGGUUCGGCACCGGCCCGGCCGGGUGAUUACACCUUCGGAGAGUGGGGCAGAUUCGAGACCGAAACAUCACCCUCCUCUUCUCGCUCUCAGUUCGGACCCGAGGAAGCAUGGAACUGGUUUGCUACCCCCACUCUCGCCCGCCGAAUCGCCUCGCUACUACGUCCCGAACCGACUCUUGCCCGCAAAACCAUCCAAGCAGCCGUCGAGUCACCCAAAUCCCCAACCUCCCCUUCCCCCAAGAAGUCUGGUUUCGGUAGUUUCUUCCGGAGAACUUCGAAGUCUGAGCCGCAGACACCGACACCGACGGAGCGGCUCCUAACACCUGUUAGGGACGGUGCAAUGCUAGAGCAAGAUAGGAUUACUAUGACGGUUAGGGCGGAGGAAGUCACGUUUAGGAGGGAGAAUGAGUUUGGGUUAUGGGAGAGCGUAGGGGGCUGGGGUGUUGUUGUUUCCAUCAAAGUGGGAAGGCUGUAAAUUUGGCCCUGUCAACCUCGAGGUUCAUGGCCAAUAUAGAUGGCUGCCUGGUAACUGGAUGGAACGUGGCUAUUUUGCGAACAUACGUAUUGGGAAUGAUGACUAGUUGCAACAGAUGUGCGCACAAGGACAUCAAGUACAAUGUGUAAGAGUAAAGAGGUAGUAACACUUUGUCGGUACGGAGACCUUGCAAGAUUCGUAGAAGUAGCCACACUUAGCUGUAAUAUAAAGUACUAUACCUGUGUAAACUCA